CGGAAGUGGCGGGCGCGACCCGGAAGCGCCGCGGAGCUGGAGCCGGGAGCCGACCCCGCCAUGGCAGAGACCGACCCCAAGACCGUGCAGGACCUCACCGCUGUGGUGCAGACAUUGCUUCAGCAAAUGCAGGACAAAUUUCAAACCAUGUCUGACCAAAUAAUUGGAAGAAUUGAUGACAUGAGCUGUCGCAUAGACGACCUGGAGAAGAACAUAGCGGACCUCAUGACACAAGCAGGAGUGGAAGAACUGGAAGGCGAGAACAAGACCCCUGCUACUAACAAGAGUUAAAGUUGCCAAUAACUUAAGAUGAAUUCCGGAAGACUUCCUUUUUUUUUUUUUUUUUUUAAUUACAAAUCCUUGGAAUUGCAGAACAGCUUUUUGCAACUACUGUGUGUAAAAGCAUUUUUAUAUUGUUACAGAGCUUGCAUUCCUAAUGUAUAUUGUAUAGUUAGGGAUAGGUUAGUUUAUAUUUUGAUUUGUGUACGGUAAUUUCACUUUGAAUUCUUGUUAUGAGGAUCAAUUAGUUGUGUUAUUAAAACAGAUCUUAUGGAUCUCAACUACUGGGUAUAUAUUUUUGUGAAGUCACUUUUUUCUCUUUCUUACACUUUUUCUAGAUGUUUCAUUUUUGAUAGCUAAACAUCUAGUGAGUCCUAUGGAAUGGAAAUAUUAACUUGUCCUAUGUAAUUUUGUGGAGUGAAGCACAAGAUUGAAACGUAGCAUUAAUCUUAGCUCUAAGCAUCAUCACUUAACUAGUUGAGGACUAUGUGUUGUUUUCUCAUAAAUGUAAUAAGGUGAUUUUGGAAACAUAAGACACUGAACAGCAAAAUUCUGUCGUCUUCUGGUAUUACCUUACCUGUGUGUUCCUAGAACAUAAACCAGAAACAGAGAUUAAACACUAGAGACAUCAGUACACAGCUGAGCAACCACUGCCGUUCAAAUCUGUUACAUUUAGACAGACAAGGAACUAUUAACUAUGAAAAAAUCCCACUGUGGGAUUUAAGUUUUUUUAAUGCUGUAAAACUACUUUGAAACAGACAUGUCAUUUAGCAUCACCUUUGAACUAUAAUUAUGAUUAGAAUAGUGAUAGUGCACAGAAUAGGGAUGGGAUUGCAGGAGUGUCUGUGGGCUUUCAGUUCAAAUCACUGGCUCGCAAAUUUGCUAACAAAGCAGUGAUACACUGAGUAACCAAAAAAGGAGAGGAUCCAGUUAGAAUUGUAAAGCCCUUGCUCCUCAUUGAGUAACAACUAGCUGGAACUGUUCAAAAAGAUUUGGUUUAGAAAGGUGUUUGCUUUUAUAAUGAUAUCCACCUUCGUGGGCCUGGAGUUUAAUGGAUUACAUUAGAGUAUUUUGGCAAUGAAAAGUGUAUUUAAAGAGUCUGUACUAUGUCACUUGUGAAGAAAAAUGACCAGUGUGGGAUAUUACUGACAAUCAUUGCAGCGCUCCUCCAGCUGGAAAUAUAAAUUUAAGUAAGCACUAGUGGCAGUCAGCAGUUUUACACGGACCACGCUUAAGGCUGCUCUUUGAACGCCACCACGCUAGUGCCUGGGUGUUACCAAAGCAAUAUGACAGGUCAUUUUUCAAAACAGGGGAAAUUGUACUGAAAGCUCAUAAUAACGGGAAUUUUGUGAACACAGGAAAUGUAUCAAUAUACUUUGUAAUACCAGCCUUAGGUUCUUUGUAAUGUCAUUUAAAAGAUCUAAUAAACUAUUAUGUGGUAACAAA